GGAGCAGGCCCGGCUGUACCGGCCGCGGCCCGAGCUGCUGCCGGCGGCGCACGUCCUCUCGCUGGCGGACUACCGGCGGCUGUACCGGCGCUCCGUGGAGGAGCCGCAGGAGUUUUGGGGUGACGUCGCCAAGGAGUUCUACUGGAAGCAGCAGCACUCGGGGCCGUUCCUCAGGUACAACUUCGAUGUGACGAAGGGGAAGAUCUUCAUCGAGUGGAUGAAAGGGGCGAAGACGAACGUCUGCUACAACCUCCUGGACAGGAACGUCGGCGAGAAGAAACUCGGUGACAAAGUGGCUUUUUAUUGGGAAGGGAAUGAACCAGGGGAUUCUAUGAAGAUCACAUACGGCGAGUUGCUGCGCAAAGUCUGUCAGUUUGCCAAUGUCCUCCAUAACCACGGUGUGAAGAAAGGUGACCGAAUCUCCAUCUACCUGCCGAUGAUCCUGGAGCUGGUCAUAGCCAUGCUUGCCUGUGCCAGGAUUGGAGCCAUCCACUCUGUUGUGUUUGCAGGUUUCUCAGCAGACUCUCUUUGUGAGCGGAUCCUCGACUGCGGUUGCUCCCUCCUCAUUACGGCAGAUGCCUUUUAUCGAGGGGACAAGCUGGUCAACCUGAAGCAGAUUGCAGAUGAAGCUCUCCAGAAGAGCAAAGACAAGGGCUUCCCUUUGAAGAAGUGCAUUGUGGUGAAGCACCUGGGACGAGAGGAGAUAGCAGCAGACGGGGCAUGCAGCCAAUCUCCUCCUCUCAAAAGGCUGUGCCAGGAUGUGCAGAUCCCCUGGGAUCCACACAUGGAUGUGUGGUGGCAAGAUCUAAUGAGCGGUGCCAGCACGGAGUGUGAGCCUGAGUGGUGCGACUCAGAGGAUGAACUCUUCAUCCUCUACACAAGUGGCUCAACUGGAAAACCCAAGGGUGUGCUGCAUACAGUGGGUGGAUACAUGCUUUAUGCUGCCACUUCAUUUAAGUAUGUCUUUGACUACCAGCCUGAAGACAUCUAUUGGUGCACAGCUGACAUUGGAUGGAUAACAGGCCAUUCCUACAUCACUUACGGACCCUUGGCAAAUGGGGCAACUAGUGUAUUAUUUGAAGGUAUCCCCACCUACCCGGACGCUGGGCGAAUGUGGAGUAUCAUUGACAAGUACAAGGUGACCAAGUUCUACACGGCACCCACAGCCAUCCGGCUGCUGAUGAAGUGUGGGGAGGAGCUCGUUAAAAAGCACAGCCGGAAGUCUCUGAAGGUGCUGGGGACCGUUGGGGAGCCCAUCAACCCUGAAGCCUGGCUGUGGUACUACCGCGUGGUGGGAGAGGAGAGGUGUCCCAUUGUGGACACGUUCUGGCAGACAGAGACGGGUGGCCACAUGCUUACACCUCUUCCUGCUGCCACCCCCAUGAAACCGGGCUCUGCUACGUUCCCCUUCUUUGGUGUGGUCCCUGCCAUCAUGAACGAGUCGGGGGAAGAGCUGGAAGGAGAAGCAGAAGGCUACUUGGUGUUUAAGCAGCCCUGGCCAGGAAUAAUGCGCACACUGUAUGGAAACCACCAGCAGUUUGAAACCACGUACUUCAAGAAGUUCCCUGGGUACUACGUGACAGGUGAUGGUUGCAGGAGAGAUAAAGAUGGUUAUUACUGGAUCACAGGGCGAAUUGAUGACAUGCUGAAUGUUUCUGGCCACUUGUUGAGCACUGCAGAAGUGGAGUCAGCUCUGCUUGGGCAUGCAGCCGUCUCUGAGGCCGCUGUGGUCAGCCACCCACAUCCCCUGAAAGGCGAGUGCCUCUACUGCUUCGUGACCCUGAAAGAUGGCCAUGAAUUCACCAAGGACCUGGCAGAUGAGCUGAAAAAACAAGUCAGGGAAAAAAUCGGACCGAUAGCAACGCCUGAUUACAUCCAGUAUGCUCCCAGCCUGCCCAAAACCCGUUCAGGAAAGAUCACCAGGCGGAUACUAAGGAAGAUUGCCCAAAAUGACAGAGAUCUGGGGGACAUCUCCACCUUGGUAAACCCAGGCAUUAUAAACCAGCUUUUCAACAACAGAUGCGACACCAAACUGUAGCAGCAUGACUUCUGCCUGCUGAACAGAACUGUAGCAGCAGUGUCCUAAUGAGCAGGUCCCUCAAGUAUCCACUGUCUGCCUUGGGAAAGAAACCUUCACCUGUUGAAAUCGAAUGUACAAAUGUUAAGAGAUGAAGGAAGGCUGACCCUGGAGAGGCUGCGUCUUGCCAGCAUGUUCAUGCCUUGGAGGAGCGUGCACGUCACAUCAGAGAUGGGUAUCACACACCUGAGGUUUGGCCUCAUUUAUGCAGGGACUUGUGACCUGUGCUCCUCUGUUUUCAUCACCUCGAUCUUGAUUUUUAUUGUUUUCUCUUGGGGGGGAAGGGGGUGUUGAUUAACUUUAUGUAGUUGAGGGAGCCUGGUGUCCUUAGUUGGUUCCCUUAGUGGGAAGGAGCUGGGGGCAGAUUGUAGGGGAAGUGGUACUGGAGUUACUCAGUGCAGGCAGGCAUGGGAUGCUCAUCUACCACUGUCUACAUGCUGAGUAACCUUCCUUUUCUACUCAGAGCUAUGGGAAAACUUAAAAGCACUCUCACAUCCUAAGCACAACUGAAUUUUAGUCUUGCAUCCACUGUUUUUUAGCUUAGGUCCCAUACCUGAAAGCGAAUGAGGUAAGGCUUGGGAGCUCUGUGCUUUAGCUGGAUUUUUUAGAGCUCUUUGGUACAGAGCACUGCAGAGGCAUCUUUCCCACUGCAAACCAAUCAAACGUGUGUUACUUCUGCUUAAAUCUGGCAUGACCUUAUGAUGAUGAGAGAAAACAGUAACUCCAGCCCAAGUCUGAACACCAUGAGGGUGCUACCAAAGCCAACAUUUCCUCAUCAAGUUAAUUACAUUGAACAUCAGCCCUGGAUUGAGCUGGGAAGGUUACCUCCUUGUAAUGUCUGUAUUGAAAUCACACCUGAGCUGUUUGAUUUCUACACUUAAACCAAAGGACAAACGAGCUUUAAAUCUUGCUGCAACAGGCUUUACCCUUAAACUGAGCUGGUGUUUGGCUGGCUGGGAAGGAGGAGGUAACUCUUCCAAGGCCCAGGGCAGGUGUUGCAGGUGCUCUGCAGAGCUGCUGCCCAAGUCUCAUGUCUUGCCUGCUGCUCUCACCGGCAUGGUAUCUGUGACCUACAACCUCAGUCAUGCCUGUGUCCCAUAUACCACCCACUGCUCCCUUCCACAGGAUUGUGCCACUUCUUUAACGUGAGUUCCUACAUCUGUUCUCCUCCUCUGUUACUACUUGUUGUGUAAGUUUGGCUGGAGACAGCUAGAACUCUAUGCAAAAUGGAAUAAAAAUUCAAGAAAACAAAA